UCGUGCAUGCUGUUUCGAGUUUCGAGUGUGCUGCGUGCGUUCUUCCACUGUACUGUGCAUUUUAAACAAAAUGAGUCUACUUCCAAAGACUUCCUCAGAGUUUGCAACAGAGAAAUAUUGGAACGAAUUCUUUGAGAAAAGAGGAAAGAAAUCAUUUGAAUGGUACGGCGAAUACUGGCAGUUGUGCGGAAUACUACACAAAUAUAUCAAAACCCCUGACAAGCUUUUAGUCGUUGGAUGUGGAAAUUCUACACUGAGUGCAGAUUUGUACGACAGUGGAUACAAGUCUAACGUCAGCAUUGACAUUAGUGAGGUGGCCAUUAAGAAGAUGAACGAAAAGUAUAACAAAACAAGGCCGCAAAUGACCUUUCAACAAAUGGAUGCGUCGAAGAUGGACUUCGCUGACGAGGAAUUCAGUGCUGUGGUUGACAAAGGCACAGUUGAUGCCCUGGCAACUGACAAGGAACCGCUUACAGUAUCUAAACUCUCAGCAAUUUUUGCUGAAAUUAGAAGAGUGCUUAAAGUCUGCGGAAGGUUCAUCUGUGUGUCACUGCUACAACAACACGUCAUGGAACUUCUUGUCGGCUGGUUUUACAACGACACAUCAUGCACAUGGGUGAUCAGAGUUCAUCGUUGCGAGGACGCAGAACAGACGUCACGUACUGGAAGCGUGGUGCUUCCUGUAUUUGUAAUAGUUUUUACAAAAAUGAAGAAGAUGCCCUCCAUGAACAGCGUUCUAGAACUCGCUAUUCCAUCUGACUCAAAGCCAGUCAGGACACAUGACCUCAGAACACUUUAUACUGAGGUAAGCAGCCAGCAGCAGUACGCUUUCAUGAGACACUGGCUCGCAUCAAGGAAGGUUCAAACGUGUGACAACGUUUGUCUCGACUUAUUCUCGCCUACGAGUGACGUUCCACGGUACCAACUCUAUGUGUGUGACCGGCCCGUAGCGUCCGCACCGCUCAAGUUUGCGAUCUUCGUCGUACCUCAGGGCAGGGAGACAGAAUGGCUUUUCAGUUCUCCCGAGGGAAGGCUACAGCUGGCCGAGUCCUGUUCCGCAGAACGCCUUGUCGUGGUGCACUUGAGUCGGAACCACGUCUACGAUAGCUUGGAGGAAGUGAAGGGCGAACUGUCGCAGAAGGUCAUGGAGUUGGCGCCAUCGUCGUGCACAGAAGGGAAACAGGUACCGUUCCUUUCCACCGGAGAAGAUGUCGGUCAUCGUGAGGUAAGACACAGGGGCAGCAGCGAACUCACCGGAGAUUAUGUGGUGGAAGAUGUUACCCUGGGUAGUGGAACUGUGGUCAGGAGGCUGAUAUUCCUCAACAGGCCACAUGUGGUGCAGAGUGAGGCGAGGCUGAAGCCAGUGAAAUCUAAGAAGAAGGGAAAGGGAAAGACUGUGGAAGUAGAAAUGGGGUACUUGCCCUGUGAAUACUACAAGUACAUGGUUGCUUCGCUCUCAUUUAUUAUGCCAAAAGCAGCAGAGGAGGAAGCUUCUGCAUUGUUACUGGGACUUGGUGGCGGAACUUUGGCUGGGUUCUUGAGUUCGCAGUUUCCCAAGUUGAAAUUGAACGUGGUAGAACUCGAUCCAGCAGUUGUGUCUGUGGCAAGAGAUUGGUAUCUUCCACCCACAUGUUCGAUGAACAUCACAGUAGAGGAUGCCCUGAUCACGAUACGCCGAUGUGCAAGUGAAGGGAGGACUUUUGACCUGGUUCUGGUUGAUGUAGAUAGCAAAGACCUAGCGCAGGGUCUUACCUGUCCACCCGGAGAGUUCCUGGAGCUUGACGUGCUUGAGUGCCUCUCCAAAAUUGUUUCCAGCUCGGGUGUGGUAGUGAUCAACUUUGUGUGCCGCAACAUAGCAUUAAAGGAAGAUGUGUACAAGAAACUUCGUUGUCACUUCAAGAGUGUGCGCGCAAAGAGGAUUCCUGAAGAAGUGAAUGAAAUUCUCUAUCUCAGCCAAUGCGACCAUUGUGAAAGUGAAGCGGCUGUACAGAACGUGCAGAAACUAAACAGGGUCAUGAGAACUUCCAGUGAGGACAAUGACAUUUCAGAUCUCUUGGAAGGGUUGCAGGUCUUAUGAGCAAGGUUGUCCUAAAUAAAAGCGAAGCACACACGCU